AUGUCACCUCCACUCCUCCGUCCCUCUCCUGUCCUAUCUCCAUCCACUCCGAUACUCACCUUGGACCGAACACCACUCCUCUUGCCACCCUCCUACUACUCCUCCUCCCACUCCUCUGCUUCCUCCCCACAACACCUCCACCCUUCCGUCACCCUCCUACUCUUCUCCCAUCCGCUCCGAUACUCACCUUUGGACCUGACACCUUUCCUCUCCUCCACACCUUUCCUCAUUCCUCCUUCCUCUCUCUCCCCUCUGGCCCUCUUCCAUCGACCCCCCACCAAGUUACGACCUUCUGCCGCUGUCCCAUACUUCGCGGUGUCAUAUCCAUACAAUCCCGACCUCCGCUCCGGGCUCCUGGAACUCCGAACUCCGACUUCCGGAGCCCUACUUCCCUUCCAUCACUUUCUCCUUGCCGACUCCCAAGAGGUUAUCCCACCUCCGGCUCAGACACCACCUUCGGUCCGACUCCGGAACAUUCCGGGUCCGACCCCAACCUCGACACCUUCCAGACGAGUACGCAAAACCUAUGCUCCCGACUCCGGACCUCCGCUCCGGUAUCCCGUUCACGUCUCGUCUCCGGAACCUCCGGUCUUAGCUCCGACCUCGGACUUUGACCCCACCUCCGCUUAUACCCAUUGUAUUGGUUAG